AGCAGCUCGCUUGGUGUAGUAACUGCCCCUUGCAAUGUCCUGUACAAAGAGGUUUGUUUCUGGUUCCGUGUUCUUAAUUGCCGUUGUUUUUGCUGCAUUUUCUUUAUUAAGCCUGCUGACUACGGAAUGGUAUGUUAGUCCAAGCGGGAAACAUAUGGGAAUCCCUUCUAACUGCAAUGAUACCUUUGUUUCCGUACAAGGUGUCAAUGUUACUUUUUGUCAAAGCUUUGGUUUUAAUAGUUUUGCAAAUAACGUUGAAAAGGGUUUAGCAGGAGCGCUUUUGACAUCUUUUAUAUUGGCCUUACUUGUGGCCAGUUCUUUGUGUUUGAACUGUUGCUCCCGAACCUCAGGUUUUUUAGCUGUUGUCAUGCUCAUUGCUUCUUUUGGUAAUGCCUUCGUUUGCCUGACUUACUACGUCUACGAAAAAAAUCGUGUAACCGCUGAGAUGUCCAUCGGUUAUUCUUACUACUCGUGCAUAUUUUCCACUGCAUUGGGCUUAUGUGGAGGUCUUUUAUCGUUGGCAACUAGCAAAGACCAUCACUACCGUGAUUAUGUUCGACUUGAUUAGUUAUAAAGUUUUUGUAUAUUUAUUCGAGUGGCAUGACAUUUACCAGUGGAGCUACUCAAUU